AUGGAAAAGCACAAAAAAGAUCAAGCCACAUCGAAUACAUUAUCAAGUAAAAUGGGUUGGAGGCACAUACAGAUUUUGAUGUUAUUUUUUGGCAUGGCCUUGGGAUAUAUAAUACGUACAUGCGUGUCGGUGGCUGUGGUUGCCAUUCGUCAGGAGUAUGAGUGGAAAGAUGGUGAGGAUAUGCUGGUUUUAAUAUUCUUCUUCAUAGGAUAUAUAAUUGGAAUGAUGCCAAGCGGUUAUCUCGUGGGCGUUUGGAGUGCUCACAAAAUCCUGACCUUCAGCAUAUUGUUGAGUUCAGCGUUGCAUACAUUGGGACCAUUUGUAGCUCAGUACGGUUACAUAGUUUUUAUGUGCAAUCGAUUUAUCGUAGGUGCAACACAAGGUUGUCUAGUGCCGUCGGUCUAUACACUACUGUCUCGCUGGGUACCACCGUUAGAAAGAGCACGGCUGGGAAGUUUUGUGAUGAAUGGACCUCAGUUUGGUACCAUUAUUGGCAUGUUAGUUUCUGGAUUUUUGGCAUCCUCACCUUUAGGUUGGCAUAGUGUUUUUUAUAUUUUUGGCAUAAUUGGAGUCAUCUGGAGUAUUAUAUUUUUCUUCGUGGCUGCUGAUUCUCCGUCUAGUCAUUCAAGAAUCAAACCCAAGGAAGCUACCUACAUUAAUGGUAGUCUUGGAAAUUUGGAUAAAGCUGGCAAGGCCGAGAAACUUCCGAUACCCUGGAAAGCCAUAUUAACCUCUAAACCACUGAUUGCCUUACUAAUAGUGCACUGUGGCUACAAUUGGGGUCUUUACGUUUUUUUUACUGUCUUGCCUACCUACAUGGAUUCUGUUCUGGGCUUCAGUAUUUUACAAGGUGGUGGUUUAUCAUCUUUGCCUUACGUGGCCAUGUGGAUUCUGGGAUUUCCGAUUGGUUACGCAUCAGAUUGGGCCCUCAGUAAGGGAUACAAAGUCGUUACUGUGCGUAAAAUCGCCAACUCUUUGGGGUUAUGGAUACCUACUGCAGCCGUAAUUUUGAUGUGUACGAUACCCACUAGUUGUUCGGCCCUGCUAGUUGUGAUAAUUACAAUCGGCGUUGGCUUCAAUAGCGGAGUUACAUCUGGCUUUCAGAUCAAUCACAUAGAUCUGAGUCCAAAUUUCGCUGGGACAAUGAUGUCCAUCACAAAUUUAUCAGCUAACAUUAUGGGUGUUGCCGCUCAAUUUGCUUUUAAAUACAUCGUUACAGGAGACAGGAAGGAUGUGAGCCAAUGGAAUACCCUAUUUCUGCUUACUGGUGGUAUUUACUUCUUAUCGAACUUAGUAUUUCUAUUGCUUGGCGAAGCUCAUAUUCAACCAUGGAAUAAUCCACCAGGCCAACAGAGGGUUAACAAAAGAGUUUCAAUCAUCUCAAUAACUGGUGAACCCACAACUUUAUUUUUACCGGAACAAAUCGAGGAAGAAGAAGAAUCAUCUUGUUCAGAGUCUCCUCAGAGUCUUUAA